AGCAUGUGUGAGAAAAAGAAAAAAAACUAUAAUCGAAAUGCGAGAAGUCUGUAGAUCUUCUGUAAUACCUGCACUUAUCUCAGGCGCUACGUCAAAGCAUCCUAAUGCAUUAUUAUAGCAGCGCUUGCUAUCAAGCAAAUAGUUUGCUAUCGGCCUAGGUCUAGUGCGGUUACGAUCAAAAAUGGAGCAGAAAACUAUGUCAGAUACAGAUAGAACGAAGUGGCAAACGUUGUUAAGGAAGUUUGAAAAUGAUAAUGGACUUGUCAUUGAAGAGGCAAAAAAUGAAGCAGGAUCUAAUAAGGGUGACAAUUAUACAUCGAUCAUGAUCAGAACUACAGUCUUUGGUAAAUCUGGGGACGGUAAACCUUAUAAAAAAAAAUUCAUGACCAAGAUACUUCCGUAUACGCGUCCUGUAACACAAAUGAUCAAUACGGAAGCAUUAUAUUUAAUCGAAGGAUAUAUAUAUGAAAAACUGUUACCUGUUAUUGGUGAUUUUGGACCACGUUUCGUUUUAUUGGACAAAGGCGAGAUUAUUAUGGAGGAUUUAGCUGAACAAGGAUAUACUAAUUGCGACAGACGAAAUCAUCUUGAUUUGGAACACACUUUGUUCACCUUACAGAAUUUAGCGAAAUGGCAUGGAAAAUCAUUGUCGAUAAAAUUAAAGGAUCCAAAAUAUUUCGAAGAAUUGACAAGUCCAUUGAAAGAAAUAAUUUUUUGUACGGAUACUAAAUCUCCGAUUGGUGGUACAGUUGAGAAUAGUAUGAAUUGUGCUAUCCAUCAUUUGGAAUCGAUAAAAGAUCAAUCGGAAGAUUUGAAAAAUGCGAUAGGAUAUUUGAAAACGUUGAAAAAUCAAUGUUACAAUUCUUUAACUAAAUUGUUCAAUUUACCUAAAGACAAAUAUUUUACCAUUUGUCAUGGUGAUCCAUGGAUUAAUAAUAUUUUAUAUAAAUAUGAUAAGAACGGCAAAAUAUCGGAUUUGAAAUUCGUCGAUUAUCAAAUUGUUAGACAUUCAUCGGUUGCUACGGAUUUUCUUUAUUUUGUUUAUACAAGUGUUAGAUCGUGUUACAUUGAGAAUGAUUAUGAAAAAUUAGUGGAACAUUAUCAUCGUCAUUUUUCUAAAUGUCUCGAAGAAAAUGGCGUUAAUGAGGAACAUCUUAAAAAUUUAAAUAUCGAUUGGUUCAAAUCUGAAUUGAAAAGAUUUUGUUUAUACGGUUUGUUAACUGGUUUCUGGCUAAUUCACGUUAUACUUGCAGAUAAAGAUGAUGUUUUAGAUAUUGAUAAAUUAACUAUGGAAGAUAUUGAAAAUAUAGAAAAUUUUUAUAACAUUAUUGAUGAUAAAAAACUUGCAAGAUACCAAUGCGUUGCUGAACAUUUUUAUAAAAAUUUUGUUAAAUAGAGACAAAUAAUUUUGAUGAAAUAAUUAAUUAAAAAC